CAGCCUGGUGCUGCUGCUGCAAGCUGCUGGUGUUGCCGUGACGAUGAUAUCCUCCCCCCCACCUCCCACACACACACACACACACACACACACAGCAGAGAGGAGAGGGAGCAAACAAGACGCUAUCAUGACGCGAUGGCUUCAGGCUGGAAAACAGACACACUCACACUCAUCCGCUGCGUCUGAGGAAAACAUGGACACAGUGGAGGCUGUCCUGAGUGUAAACCCAUUGUGAAUUAAAUCAACACCAAGGUCUGUGGCUUUUCCCCAGAUUAGACCUAAAGAGGAUUGACCUUUUCGUGUUUCAGGAGACGUAUUGCUUCCCGGAUAAGACAACACAUGGAAACAGAAGGACUUUUUAAGUGGAAGACUUGUGGAGUUUUGCCUGGACGCCUUUUUACACAACAGGAAUGUAAUGGAACAAUGUCUGCCAAGAUAUAGAAGAUUGUUAGCUCUGACAAAAGUGCAUGAUUGUACACUAAAACAGAGAAACAACACCUACAUCUUAUUUCCCAGCACACGUUUUCUGGGUGCUUUGUGGAAAAGUCCUGCAGGAAGGGGGGGCAUAUGGGUGUUUAAUCCCUCAAAUUUGACUGGGUCCUUCAGAAAGGGGUGUGUCUGAAUGUUUAACCCCUCCUCCUGGCUGCAAAGACAGAUAAUUCCACUUUGACAGCAAAAGCCAUGCCUCUCCUCAGAUCCAGCAUGUGCCACGAGUUAUCAUAAAGAGUUCAUUUGAAUGUUUUGCCCCUUCCUCUCACACGUACGAUGGAAUAAAGUGUGAGACAAGGAGUUUACGAUAGCAGACAGUACAACCAGACAGGAGGAAACCGUGUAUCGGGACGCCCCUAGCCCUUUCCCCUGGCUGCAGCGUGGAGAAAGGGGUGUGUUCGGAGGUUCACCCCCACCAGGCUGCCGCUCGCAGAUGGAGACCCACCAACACUCCCCAGAUAGCAGCAGUGAAGAGUGCACAGUCCUGGAGGCUCCACCCGGUAAAAACGCCUGCCCACAACAUGCAGGAAAGGUGGCAGACCUGUACUGUUCGGCCUGCGAGUGUCCGCUGUGUGAGGACUGUGUGUCGGACCACGAAGAGCACCCUAAAGUGCCUCUCAGCCAAGUCCUGGAGCAGCACCACAGCAGCCUGCAGGAGCGGAUGGGGGCCGCCCAGAACAGACUCCCUCAGAUUGCAGACGCCCUGUCCUUUGUUAAGGAGAUCCUCCAGCAGCUGACCAAUCAGAGAACUUCCAUCGAAGAGGACAUCCAGUCGAGUUUUGAGGAUCUGCACAAGCAGCUUGAUGUCCGGAAGAGUGUUCUGCUGAUGGAGCUGGAGGUCACAUAUGGACUCAAACAGAAGGUCCUCCAGGCCCAGGUGGACAGCCUCAUCCGGGGAGAGGGGGACAUCAUGGCUUCCUGUACCCAGUCGGAGGAGGCUCUGGCUGGGGAGGCGUGCGUGGCGACUCUACAGGCGGAGCGGGAGCUGCGGGAGAGGCUGGGGGAGCUAGCUGGCCUCGGCCUGCCAUGUCAGCCGGAGGAAAACGACCAGCUGGAUCUGGUGCUGGAGACGGACGGGCUGAGGAAGUCGAUACACAACCUGGGGACCAUCGUCACCACCAGUGCGGUGGCAAGCCAGAGCGAGGCGAUGGGUGCAGGCCUGGAGCAAUGCAUUGUGGGACAUCCUGCCUCAGUUACCAUAGUGACAAGAGACAAGUCAGGUGGAGCCUGCAAGAGUGGCAAUGCAAUCCUGUCAGCGGAGGUAUUCACCCCAGAUGGCAGCAUAGUGGACGGUGAAAUAGUGGACCACAAGAAUGGGACUUAUGAGUUUGUGUACAUAGUACCGAAGGAGGGCAACUUCUCAUUGGCUCUGCGUCUGUAUGACCAGCACAUCAAAGGAAGCCCCUUCAAGCUGACUGUCAACAGGGUCUCAGAGGCAGAAGUAGAGGUGUCCCCCUCAACCACCACAGCAACCAACUCAGCAGCCUACGCCACCCCGUCCACGGGCUCUUCUGAGGGGGCAAAGAGACGAGGGAAGUCCCCCGGCCAGAAAAAAAAAGGCUCCAAGAGAGCCAGCAGCGCCUUGGGCACCCCGCGACGCAAAACCCAGAACCCCAUUGAGGAUGACCUGAUCUUCAGGAUCGGAACGAAAGGGAGGAAUAAAGGAGAGUUCACCAAUCUUCAAGGAGUCGCAGCCUCCUCCAGCGGCAGAAUUCUGAUUGCUGACAGUAAUAAUCAGUGUGUCCAGAUUUUCUCCAACGAGGGGGAAUUCAAGACUCGCUUUGGGGUACGUGGGCGGUCGCCGGGGCAACUGCAGCGUCCCACGGGCGUGGCCGUGCACCCUAGCGGUGACAUCAUCAUUGCAGACUACGAUAACAAGUGGGUCAGCAUCUUCUCCUGUGAGGGCAAGUUCAAGGCGAAGCUUGGCUCCGGUAGACUUAUGGGGCCAAAGGGCGUGUCUGUGGACCAGAAUGGUCAUGUGAUCGUGGUGGACAACAAGGCAUGCACGGUCUUCAUCUUCCAGCUGACCGGCAAGCUCAUCACCAAGUUUGGUAGUCGAGGCAACGGUGACAAGCAAUUUGCAGGUCCACACUUUGCUGCAGUGAACAAGAACAACGAGAUCAUCGUAACUGACUUCCAUAACCACUCAGUCAAGGUUUUCACCCCUGAUGGGGAGCUAGUGUUGAAAUUUGGCUCUAAUGGCGAGGGAAACGGCCAGUUCAACGCUCCCACUGGCGUGGCUGUGGACGUUAAUGGGAACAUCAUUGUAGCUGACUGGGGGAACAGCAGAAUACAGGUGUUUGACGGCAGUGGCUCCUUCCUCUCCUACAUCAAUACAUCAGCGGAUCCUCUCUACGGGCCUCAAGGUCUGGCUCUAACCUCAGACGGACAUGUGGUGGUUGCCGACUCUGGCAACCACUGCUUCAAAGUCUACCGAUACCUACAAUGAUGGAGGCUUGGAUGGAGAAAUGAAGUGGUGAGAGGAGGGACAGUUGGGGUGGCCAUUGUUGGAAUGAAAAGAUACGGUGCACGAUGUCAAACUCUUGGAAUUAUUGCAUGAACCGCUGCCUGUAACAAUGUAAGGAGGGAUGGAGGAAGCAAAGAAGAAGAAUUAGUCAUCAUUACAUCACUUUACCACAAUGAAGUCAAUCUAGUUUUGACAUCUUUGUUGAUUUUGAUUAAUAAAGAUAAAAAACAGUAGACAUUAACUAGCAGAGAAUAGUGGGGCAAAGACUGGUCUUUGGGCUACAUCCUCUUAAAGUCUAAAGAGGGAUCAGGAUUGUAAGCAGACAUGGGGAAUUGGAAAGAUGGUGGAUUCAAGAUUUUGCCCUUGGGCAAAUUUGAGAAAUUCAACAGAAUGGGACACAAAGUCAUGCAAGGCUGGAGUAUAAAAAAGUUAUGCAACGACUAAUUCAUGAUGUCAACUUCUGGAAGUCCCUCUUUCUCUGAGUAUGGCAUUAGUAUAAAAAAUGAGGAAUGGAUGAAAUAAGGCUUUAAAAAAGAAAGGAACAAAUGAAGGUUGUGAAAGGCGACGAUGACGAGAAUGUCUUUGGAAACCACUGCUUCCUAAACCAACAAUGGAAGGAAUAAUGGAUGAAGGGAUCGGAGAAGCAUCAGAGGCACAAAUGAAUACAUACAGGAUGGUGUUUUAGGAGAGAAUGUUGUACGUCAUUGACAAAAUAAUGGCCACUGAGCUAAAAGAGGUCUACGUCUUGGUUUGACAUCAUUUGCCACUCAUUACCACAGACUUCCCCUACGGCUUUUGUACCGUAGUUUACAUUCGUACACCAACAUCAGCUCUGACAUUUGGAGGCUAACAUUAGCUACCAACUCUUAGAGCUUGUUAGGUUGCCCUUGAGCAGAGCACUUAGCUUUAAACUGGUCCAGCGGCAGAGGACUGUGGCUGUACAGGGAAACUCCCAGCAGUAAAUGUGAAAAUCUGUAAAUAUGACUGAAGGAAUUGCACCUAAGCACGCACUAUUGACUCUGUGAUGGUCAUUAGAAACACAUUAUCAGACUAAGACAAUGGCCACUUUUAGCCUGUUGUCCAUUGUUUGUACAUUAGGAUUGUCUGAAUAUGGAAUGUUUAUUUUGUUUCUUGCCAUAUGCUAGUAUUCUUUACAAGUCUUAAGGAACAAAUUAAUUAGUAGAAAACAAUUGCUUGAUUCUUAUGAACGAUUCUUAUGACUGAACGAUUGAUUUAUUUGGUUGAUUGACGCGGUAACUUGAUGAGCAGCAUUGCCUAUCUAUGCUUGGUUUGAGUGUUAAUAUAUUUUUCCUGAUUUGUCGCAAGGAGAAAAAAAAAGUCUAUAAAUCUAUCAUAUAUAUUUGUGAGAAUACCUUUAAUAAUAUCAUGUAAAAUGCUCAAAUUAACAAACAUAUUUGGAAUCUGUAACAUUUUUACACACUUGUUUCUGCUCGCUGUCUCGGUAAUGAAAAACAGGAGGCCGGGGAGGAAAUUCUAGAAUGUUUCGAUUCAUUCCUCGACAUUGCCAAGGAUUCUAGAAUGCUUGAAGAGUUCCGAGAAGUGCCGUCGCUGGCUUGUACAAUUCCACAUGUUCUGUCAUCACCCAUAUAGCAAUGCCUCAGUGUUCUAGAAGCAUGCCUCUGUAAUAUGUGAUUGUUAACAUCAAACAUACCGCAUUUCAGCUGUAAGCUCCCAUUUUACAAACAGCUCACCAACUCCGAAGAAUAUUUACAGUAAUGGACAUGAGACAAAUGUGACACUGCAAAGCAUUUACAAAUUACUGUUGGAAAAGUGCUAUGUGAUAGUGAUAAUAAUACAAAGCAUUUACAUUAAUUAUUAAAAAGGCAAGAAAAGCAUUUAAGUUACUCACAUCAGCAUUCAGUUGGACAGUUUUAGCCUUUAUUAUUAAUAUAUAGAGAACAUCUUUGUUGACUAAUAGUUUGUGGUGGACAUGAUGUCUAUCAGUCUAUUUAUUAAAGCAGGAAGAAAAAAUAAUAACAGAAAUAUACUUGUCACAUGUUCACAACUGAUUUAGUAAACUUAAGUUAUUGCUUCUAUUUAUUUAUUUAUUUAUUUAUUUAUUUAAUCAUUCAAUCUUUCUAUCUUACCAUUUGAUUGUGUUCCACCAUGUGCAUUGAAACUCUUAAGUGCCCAUUAUAUUUCUUCUUUUUGUACAUUUUGUCUGUUAUGUUGAAUCAAAAUAUGAUUGUUGGUAUUUGAUACGUUUUAUAUUGACUGUUACGAGUGGACAAAUCAGCGUUUAAAGUUUUAUUCUGUUAUUGUUUUGUCAAAUGAAAGUUGCUUUGUGGGAAAACAACAUCAAGCUAGCCAGUAAGCAAAAACAGCUUGUUAGUUUUGCAUUUCUGAUCCAGGUCCAGGUCCGGAGCUUUAUUUUGAAGUGUUAACACAACUUGUUGUAUCCUAACUCAAUCGUUUUUGGUUAUUUGUAGCCUUUGGUGUCUAUGCUGAAUGCUAACAAUGGUAGCCGUCUCUUUUACAGAUAGCUAAGACAAAACAAAUAGGAAUAAUAGAUUAAAGUUGUUCCAAAAUGUAGUUCAUGUUGUCUGUUCCAGAAUCUGUAAGAAGUACGUUUUCUGACUUUGUUUAAGCGCCCAAUAGAGCCGCUAAAUCAACAUCAACCAAGAGCUGGGAGAAGAUUUUUGGAUUUGUUGGCGGUAUUGAUUGUUUCAACAAAAGCAGGUUGUGUUUCUUUAAAUAAUCUAGGCCUUUUUCAGCUGGAGAAUCAGCCUUAAGUAAUACAUGAAUGUUGUUUGGAAGUUGACAUGAUGGAACUGCCUUCUCAGUGAUCUUGAAUUGGAAUUUGUUGCAAACAUAGGUAAGUUAGCUAAUAACCAUUUCAAAUAGUUCAUUUGUAGACUACACCUCCAUUUGAGGGAGUUUUUGUUCUGAAAUCAGGAAAAAAAAAAACAACAACAACUGGAAACUACAUUUGUCAAUGAUGUAGCUUGGGUGUCUAUCAGUGUUAGUUUGCACCAUGAGAUGAACAACAUUGUACAUCAAUUUAGUUUUUUUUUUCCUCAAGUGGAUAUGUAGUGAGUCACUUGCCUGCUCUCUCUCUCUCUCUCUCUCUCUCUCUGUCUCUCUGUAUUUACUAUAUGUUAUGUCUGUUCACAGUAUGGACUGUCUCUUUAACAUCCACACACACUCAACACUAAAAUAAAGCAUUGAUUCCUAAGUGGCA